AUGGCCAGGACCAAAGAGAAGAACGGCGCCAAGCGCGAAUUGAACGACGAGUCUGCGCACUCCAAAACACACGACAAACGACCCGCCAAGAAGGCAAAGCUGCUCGAUAACACAGACGAUGAGGGCUCGGAUGGAGAUGCGGGCGGCGUGACAUUGAAGGUCAACGAGGAGUUUGCGCGUCGAUUCGAACACAACAACAAGCGCGCAGAGCAGCAUAGGCUGGAGGAGAAGUACGGCAAAGGCAAGGCACCCCAAAAUGGCGACGACGACUCGGAAGAUUCCGAGGAAGGCGUGGAGGAGGACGACGCGGCCGAGCUGCUCGACGAGGCUCUCGACGACGAAGUCACUGCUACCCUGCAAGCCCUGCGCUCCAAGGACCCCCGCAUCUACAACAAAGACGUCAAGUUCUACCGCGACCCCGCCGAGGAUGAGGGCCAAGCAGAGGGCACGGAGAAGAACGAGUCGAUGACGCUGAGGCAAUACCACACCAAGAACCUACUGGAGGGCAAGAUUCCCGGCGAGGACGAAGAGGAUGCGCCGCCCCAGACGUACGCGCAGGAGCAGGAGGAGGUCAGACGAAACCUGGUCAAGGAGAUGCACGCCGCUGCCGACGAGGAGGACGACGACUUCCUGGUCGCCAAACCAAAACCUGCUGCGAGCAAGAAGGACCGCGUCAAGAUCACCGUCGAAGACGUUGAGAAGGCCGAACACGACCCUGAGACGUUCCUCUCCAAUUUCAUGGCCUCGCGCGCCUGGGUUCCAAGUGGAGCUUCCCGCUUCCAACCGCUGCAGUCCGACGACGAGGAAGAGGAGGCUGCCGCUGACGAGUGGGAGAACUCAUACAAUCUGUAUUUCGAGAACACAGCUGGCGCUAACGAGAAGAUCACCACCUACGCCCGUGACGUCGUAGCCACCACCACUGUCCGUCGCGAUGACGUAAACGGUCGUCGCAAGGCCCGCGAUGCUGCUAGAGCCAAGCGAGAAGCAGAGCGACAGGAAAAAGAAGCAGGCUUGGCGCGUCUGCGUAAGCUCAAGAUCGACGACAUGGAGCAAAAAGUCCAGCAGAUACGCAAGAUCGGCGGCUUGAGCGGCAGGGACUUCCAGAUAGACGAGUGGAAGGAAGUGUUGGAGGGGGACUGGUCAGACGAGCGAUGGGACGCUGAGAUGCAGAAGCGCUUCGGUGACGCAUACUACGACGAGGGCGACGCCGCGGCAGAAAGCGAGGACGAGAAGAUCAAGAACAAGAAGAAGCCCAAGAAGCCCAAGUUUGACGACGACAUCGACAUCAAGGAUCUUGUUCCAGAUUUCAAGGACGACGACGACGAAGAAGAAGAGGAGGAAGAAGAAGAAAAAAAGGAGCCCGCAUUUACACUUUCAUCAGACAACGAAGACGCUGCAGACGAUCAAGAAGACGAGGCCGAUGCCCCAGCCGCUAAAUCCACCAAGAAACGCAAGCAAGAGCGCGCCGAAGCCAAAUCCUCCGCCCGCCGCGAUCGCCGCCUCAUCGAGAACCUCGUCGACUCCACCCUCGAGUACGAAGCCUCGCUCGCCGCGAAAGCAAAAGCCCCCGCCAGGUUCCGCUACCGCGAAACAUCACCCACGACUUUUGGCCUCACGGCUCGCGACAUCUUACUUGCGGAUGACAAGCAGCUGAACGACUUUGCCGGCUUGAAGAAAUUGGCCGCGUUUAGAGAUCCAGAGAAGAAGAAGAAGGACAAGAAACACUUGAGCAAGAAGGCGAGGCUGAGGCAGUGGAGACAGGAUACGUUUGGCGAUGCGGAUGGGCCCAAGGGCGGCUUUGAGAACUUGCUUGGCGAGGAGGUUGCGCAGAGUGGGAAGGGUGAGGAGAAUGUCGUCGAGGGGGAUAAGAAGAAGAAGAAGAGGAGUCGUAAGAGGAAGGCUGGUGCUGUGGAGGCGUGA